GUGAAUAAAAUCUAACUCUAACAAUAUCCUGCCUUAAACUCCAUCAUGGAGAUGUUUGAUCGGUCACGACGUCCCUUUCCGAGUUUAGUGUAUUUUUAAAAGUAUUUCUGGAAGUAGAAAAAAAAAUAGGCUGCCAGAGAGAAGUAAUUGCCUUAUUUUGACACUAUGGACAGUAAUUUGACGAAAAUGAGCAGAGGCUGUUGGAAGUUCGAUGAGGAGGAUCGAGCAUUGUACAUAGACAUUGAAGAGGAAGAUACUGAAGAAGAUAAAAAAAAUAAAGUAUACAGCUUUUGGGAUCAAACGCCUGAUUUACUUCUAGAAGAAAUUUUUUCUUACUUAACUAUCCGUGAAAGGUAUUACGCAUCUUUGGUAUGUAGGUCAUGGUAUCGUGCGUUUAAAUUACCAAGGAUAUGGUCUACCUUUACAUUGGGAGAUAAUACUCUUACUAGAGGCAAAUUUAAUUAUCACAGUGGUUGGCAAUAUGUCUUAGACCACAUGAGAACUUCUACGUGUUUGAAUAAAAUUGGCAGAAAUAUUAGAUCUUUGGUUUUAGAACCUAUGUUAAAUUUCUACAAUCUUUAUGAAUUCAUGAACAUGAUAUCUUGGUAUACCGAGAGACAAGGAUCAGAUAAUACAUCAGUGGCGGGUGUUGGUACCCACAUUCACCGGCUUAAGUUUACCUUUCCAUGUAAUAUGGCAAAUACAGAUGACCCUGAUAGUAUCAGGGUUUUUGGUACUGGUGGAAAAUUGUUAGAAGCAUUAAAAAGGUUGAUGGGUAAUUUACGUAAUUUAAAAUCUUUAGAAUUGAUAGACCUCAUGUUAGAUAACAAAGAAGCUUUACAUUUAAUGGAUGAUAUUUGUGCCAAUUGUACGCAAACAUUGACAAAAUUGGUCCUAAUUAAUACUACAAGAUAUUAUUGCCCUCUUCUACAUGUAGGAGUAUUUAUUAAUUUAAAUGUAUUAGUUAUUGGUCCUCAGAAUCUUCAUGAAGAUGUGAUAGAUUUAAUUGGUUAUACUAAAUUAAAACAUCUUCAUAUCUUUCAAAAUCGCUAUAGUCAAAAAGAUGUCACAGUGAGAUUGCCUUCAAGAAAAUCGUGGAUAAAAAUGAGAAAAAAUAAUCCACACAUUAAAGUUCAUUUUGAAGUGGAAAGUCACAAACCUACAGAUAUACUUUUGCCUAUUGAUUUGGUAGAACAUGGGAAUAUUCCGUGUCACAGUAUUGUUUUAGAUAUUCCGAAUACAAAGAUUUCGCCUUCAACUAUUCUUAAUCAUGGAGCAUUUUUCGAAUCGACAAUAAGAGUAUAUGCGUUCAAAGGUCUAACCAGAUAUUUCGCGCCUAGAAAUUUUUCACAAAGACUGGACGAAGCAAUAGUACAAUUUUGCAAAAUGUGUCCGAAUCUUCAUACACUGAUGAUACGAGAUAAAAUUUCAACUGCCACGAUAUUAGAAAUCGUGUCUACGGCAAAAAACUUGCGUUGCUUAUAUGUCCGGAGAUAUUCGGUUCUAAAGAAAUGUGAUGGGGAUUGGUCAAAAAUUAUGAAUUGGUCACCAGCACAUUAUCAAUGGAUUAAAAAGAAUAGUUGUAGCUAUGCAAGUACAGAAAGGGAAGUAUCUAAAAUAUUGAACUACAGGUGGCACAUGCAAACUGAAAGAGAAUUUAGAGAUCAAAUGGUGAAAUUACAUUUAUGACGUUUUUAUUGAGAAAAGAGAAAAAUUCUUAAAAAAAAUAUUUUAUAUCAAACAGAUUGUGUAAUUACGCAAUAAUUAUACAUUUAUAAAAUGUGUGUAAAAAAUUGCUUGUAUAGUUUAUGUAUCUACACUUUCUGACAUUUACUGUGAUGUAGGUAAAACUACUUAUUAUUUAAAUGAUUGUUAUAUACAAAAGGGAUUGUUAUAUACAAAAAUCUACGAUCGUCAAAUAUGCAAUGUAAUAAAACAACACUAAUUACAA